AUGCCGCGCGUACAAAAUCCGGUUUCAAGCCAUUUGAAAGGUCAGGCGCAGUACAGUAUAAAAGGUAACCCAGUAAGGAGGAAAGGCAUCACCGCCCACAUGAAGGUUUUCGUACUCGUCUCAGCCCUUGUGGCUCUCUCUGCAGCCAAAUCAGUUCACAAAAGAAAUGCAUAUGGGGAUGAGCCAGUUGCUCCAGCACCAGCAGCCGAAGCUCCCGCCCCUGUAGCGCCAGCUGAGCAAGCUCCAGUUGCUGUUGAGCAGCCGGCUGCCGACUGCAAUGAGGCCCCAGCACCAGCUGUGCCUUCAGGAUAUAGAAACAAAAGAAAUGCAUACGGAGACGAGCCAGUUGCCCCAGCACCAGCAGCCGAGGCUCCCGCUCCAGCAGCCCCCGAGCAACCUCCCGUCGCGGUGGAACAACCUUCUCCAGACUGUGCUGAGACUCCCGCCCCAGCUGUUCCCUCAGGUUACCGAUCAAAG